AUGAAUGAAUUUAAAGAAAAAUCGUUCCAUUCAGAAGGAACUACUGGAAAGAUUUACAGGAGUAUCUGGUCUACUAGAGGAGACCGAGUUGUAGCACUUAAAAUUAGUACAUUGUCUAUAAAUCGUAUGCCACACCGGCCAGAUUAUGAAAUCCAAUUAUUGGAGGAGUUAAAACAUGAAAAUAUUGUAGAAAGCCUUGGAUCUUUUAGAUAUGGAGAGAAUCAUGUAUUAGUUUUGCCAUUUUUGCCAUAUGAUUUAUUAUCGAUUAUUAAAAGAGGGAAUAAGGAUGAAAAUUGGCUUAAAGAACAAAUCAAGGGAAUUACAUCUGCAUUAGUUUAUAUACAUGAUAAAGGGAUUCUUCAUAGGGAUAUUAAGCCUGAGAAUAUUAUGUUUUUGUCAGAAAAUGGGAAGGCAGUAUUAAUUGAUUUUGGUAUAGCAUGGUCAUAUAAAAAUCCGGGAAAUGAAAUACAAGGAAAAUUAAUUACAGAUGUAGCUACAGGGCCCUAUAGGCCGCCGGAACUUCUUUUAUCAUAUACGAAUUAUGGAACUUCUUUAGAUAUGUGGUCAUGGGGUGUUACAAUUGCACAAAUGUUUACUUUUGAAAAUAAGCCUUUAUUUGAUUCAGGAUUGGGUAAUAAUUUUGGAUAUAGUGAUCUUCUUUUAUUGUCAUCUAUUUUUAAAACAUUAGGAACGCCUACAAAGGAUAAUUGGGAUGAAAUCGAUGAUCUUCCUGAUUUCAAAAAAGUUCAUUUUGUUCAUUAUGAUCCACAGCCAUGGGAAACAAUUUUGCCAAAUGCCCCUUCUGAAGCUAGGGAUUUGAUUUCAAAUUUAGUUACAUAUAGUUUUAAAAAAAGGCUAAGUGCAAAGGAUGCAUUAAAUCAUUCCUAUUUUUUAGAAACGUAAUAUUAAUUUUAAAUAU